GAAAAUAAUACCAUUUCUGAUGAAAAAGAUUAUAAGAGUAUUAUUCCAGUUAUAAGUUCUAAGGUUUUAGCUAUAUUUAAUACAAUUUUUAACUUUGUAGAACAAAAUGAUGGUCAAGAUAAUUUUGAUAAAGACUCACUAAAGCUAAUGAAAAAAGUUAAAAAAUAG